UCAGUGGCUUCCAUGCCACUCCUCGGUGCCGCCUCCUCCUCCUUCCCCCCCUAACCACCCCCGCCCCGCACGCGCCAUUAAUAUACCCCGGCGCCACUCCCUUCCCGGCUCCUCGCCGAGCCGCUCCACCGCGCCAGCUGCUGCUCGUGUCCGCGCCAUGGGCACCGCCGCGCGCCCGCGCGGCGCCCCCGAAUCGCUGAAGCAGCGCGUCAACCGCUGCCUCCUCCGGCUCUCGGACCGCGACACCGAGGCCAUGGCCGCGGCCGAGCUCGACGCCGUCGCGCGCGCCCUGGCCGCGGACGAGCUCGCUGCCUUCGUCUCCGCCGUCUCCGACGCGCGCCCCACCGACAAGACCCCGCUCCGGCGCCACUCGCUCCGCCUCCUCGCGCUCGUCGCCGCGUCCCACCCGCGCGAGGCCGUCGCGCCGCUGGUCCCGCGCAUCCUCGCAGCGGCGCUCCGCCGCGUCCGCGACCAGGACUCGUCCGUGCGCGGCGCGCUCGUCGACGCCGCCCGCGCCGCGGCCGCCGCGUCCGCCUCCGCCUCCGCCGCGCUCGGCCCCCUCGCGGACGCGCUCCUCCACGAGCAGGACCAGUGCGCGCAGCUCGCGGCCGCGCUCGCCACCGUCGCCGCCGUCGAGGCCUCCCCCCUCACCGCCGACCUCGCCUCCUACCUCCACAAGCUCCAGCCCCGCCUCCUCAAGCUCCUCCGCAGCAAUGCCUUCAAGGCCAAGCCCGCCCUCAUCGCCCUCAUCGGCGCCUCCGCGGCCGUGGCCGGCGACGCCGAAGUGACCGCCUCCAUCCCGUGCCUCCGCGAGGCAAUCGCCAGCGACGACUGGGCGGCGAGGAAGGCCGCGGCCGAGGCGCUUGCCGCAUUCGCCCUAGAAUACAAGGAUCUUCUCAUGACCUACAAAUCCUCUUGCCUUGCCUAUUUCGAGGCCAGGAGGUUCGACAAGGUCAAGAUUGUGCGGGACUCGAUGAGCAGGAUGAUCGAGGCGUGGAAAGAGAUACCAGACAUCGAAGAGGAAGAAUUAUCCUCAUGUACGGCGCCGGCGUCACUUUCACAACGAAGAUCUUCUCUCGCAGGGAGUGUAAGUGAUGGGAGAUAUCCAGCUGCUUCCUUAGGCUCAAACUCCGUUCAGUCGGCGACGAGGAAGAAUAGAUUACCUACGAGCAGGUCGCCUCCUCCUGAUGUGUCACCCGGUGUAACAAAAAAGCACAGCCCCUCAUCCAUCAGAAACAAGAGGCUGUCACCGCCUUCAAACCGCAAGGUAGGCCAAGCGAAGAACUGCGACUACAAGGUUGACACUGCAAUUGCACCUGAUGCUACCCCGAUCAAAGAGGUGACGGAGGAGAAGCUUCUUAAAGGAGGCAAUCUGAGAUCUAGGCUGGAAACAAGGAGGACGCUUUUCCAGGGCAAUGAAGAGAGGGCAACCAAGUUGGCUGGAGCGAAAGCUGGCUCGCGAGUUGUUCCGUAUGAAUGUGGUGGUAACAUGGAAGAGAUUUCUGAGGUUGAAGGUGGUUCAGAGAGGUCUCAGUCAGGUCUCAAAGAUGAGGGCUUAUCAGAGAUAAGGUCGCAGCUGCUUCAGAUUGAAAAACAGCAGACUGGUUUACUUGACCUUCUCCAGAAAUUUAUGGGGAAAUCUGAGAAUGGCAUGAAUUCUUUGGAGACAAGGGUCCAUGGCCUAGAGAUGGCAUUGGAUGAGAUAUCACGUGACUUGGCCGUUUCUUCUGAAAGGAUGUCAAGCAGUGAGCCCCGUGUGAACACCUGUUGCAUUCUGAGCCCAAAAUUCUGGAGAAGGCAUGAUGGUGGUAGAAACUCUUCCAGGUUUUCUGCCUCCAGUGUUCCAAACAGCUCUGAAGGGAGCAGAGCUUCUUACAAGUGGGAAAGGCAGAAGUUUGGAGUUCAGGGUGGAUUUGUCACCAACCCGUUAGCUGAGCCGAAUAUUUCUUCUGUUGGGAGAACUGCGGUUACUCAAGAGGGCAGGAGGAAGGAUUUGGCUCUACAGAAGUCAAGGGUUGGUUAGGUGAGAUGAAGACAUUUCGUUUGAUGUACGAACCACUCGAGCUAGAGCAUAUAAGCAUCGAGGCAGGUAAAAUUUCCAUCUUGUGCUGCGACUUUUGGAGGGUUUUUCUCCUCUGUCGGAGCUCCGAGCAUGUGGCGUACAUGAAUCACGGAGAUCCAAGUCGCCUCAUGCAAUGCCAAAGUCCCUGAGUUGGGCAUUAAGUCUGAAGUAGAACUCAGCCUCUUUAGCUGCACCCUCACUCGGGGUUGAAGAAACAGUGGCUGAGGCUCCUCUAUUAUCCAAAACGUGUCUGAGGCGCUGGGGCAUGAGAUGAGGACGGCCCUUGUCUUUUUUCCUUCUACUCCAGACUACGACUUGCUACUACUUCAGAUGGCUAAUUUCGUGUAAGAAUGCAGUCGCGAUGUAUCACCGUAAGGAACUUAUGAUGGAUGUAUAUAGUUUGGAUAAUAAAACAGCUUGGCUUGGCGGCGAUCCACCGUUGUUUCAGGUGUGUUUUGCAGCUUCACGAGAUGGCAGUGUGCCCAGUGAUUUUUGUUUUUGAGGCGCCCA